CGCACAUGGACAUGAAAAAAAAAACACAGCAGUGACUGCAAGCGUGUAACGUGCACAGAGUAGGGAGAAAGAGAGGCGAGAGAGAGAACGAGAGAGAGUGGGGCCAGAGAGAUGGGACCAGGAGCCCGGAAGGCCGAAACUCAGGCUGAUACACGGGAGUCUUGGAGGCUUCGUAAGCGCCGACAGCAACGGAGAAGGCAGCAAAGCGUGACCGGCCUCGUGUUCGUAUGCACGCAGCACAUUACUCUCGCGCCCGUUCGGUACGCACAAAGCGACGCGCUCACAAGGGGCAGGCAGACUUCGGAAGCAGGAGUGACUCUUUGAUUGGGGUGCCGACGCGAGGUGCCAGAGCAGUGCCAGAGCAGAGCCAGAGCAGCAGCCCCUCGCCAGCCACGAAUUGCAGGGCGUCCAGGCAGUGGUGCAGGCCGGCGGCGAAAAGUUAUCUAUCAAUUGAUUCCAACGAGGUUGGCCAAUCAUCAAACGCUCUGGAGGUUGGCGAGGGCCGGCCGGAGAAGAGAGGGAGGGGAGCGGAGAGAAAAAGGAACAAAGGGCGCGAGGCGACAAGACGGGAACGCACGACGACCAAAGCCACGGGCUGGGCAGCACGGCACCGCACAGUCGCAGGACAGGACAACGACGAGCUACAGCGGGUGCAACGGGAGGGCCGGUAGGUGGGCGUGCGUGUCCAGACGAGGCUUGCGCCAGGUGGAGAUGAGCGCC